AUGCCGAUCGAGGAGGUUCUCGAUCCUAAGAGCCAGAAUUCAUUCACUUUUGACCAGGAGCAAGAUCUCCUCGGAUCAGGCACUGUCGGUGAGGUUUUUAAAGUCAAACAUGACCUUGGCGAUCACGUGGAAUAUUUCGCCUUGAAAAGAUUCUUCAACCGAGCUGGGAGGGAUGACUUCGAAAAUGAGCAGAAUAACCUAAAGGCGCUAGCUGUGGUGCCUCACGAACAUGUUACGUAUUUCAUAUCUGCGUGGACCAUAUCUAAUGCGUCAUACAUGCUCUUUCCUCUCGCAAAUGGGGAUCUACACCACUUUCUCACACGGAGCCCACCGCCUGCGAACGCCUCUGACGUCGGGGGCUGGCUAACGGAGCAAAUGCUCGGCAUCUGCGAUGCCAUCCAAUAUCUCCACGAAUACACAUUAACAGAUACAGACGGCAAGCCUAUUCACAGAAUUGGCUUCCACCACGAUCUCAAACCAGCGAACAUUUUGCUCUUCAGCUCAUCCGACGCUAGUCGCGCGACAUGGAAACUCGCCGACUUCGGCUCCGGUGCCGUAAAAAAUCUUCCCAUAGACUCCAACGAAGAGCUCUAUAAUCGCAAGGCGUCGACAGGGGACCCGGUGUAUAGCGCGCCGGAGUAUGUAGUCGAGGGCCGGGUUUCGCGGCCUAAGGACAUAUGGAGUCUCGGAUGCAUCUUCCUUGAGGUCCUUAUAUGGGUCUUUACGCCGGGGGCGGGAGCCGUCGCGCAUUUCAGAGAGGCUAGGGAUCAGUUUAGUAGAGAUAACCCUGAUAACCGGCCGGUGUACUGGUGUCAGAACGCACAGGGCGAGCCUUAUGUGAACCCGGCGGUUAUGAACGAGAUAGGAGUCUUAAAGGACCGAUGUGGGGAGGGGUUAUAUCAAUCAAUUUUAGGGAUAGUGAAGAGAAUGCUGUCGUUAGAGCCCAAAGAACGGCCGACGGCUGUGGAGCUGUGUGGUGAGUUUGGAGCGUUAAGGGGCAAAUAA